AUAAUAAUACACAAGUGCAUAUAAAUUUGAUUCUGACGCUGCAGUCGUUGCGUUAAACAGCAAAAUGGCUGAAGCGGAAGGCGGCUCCGAGCAGGAUGAUGUCUCAUUCCUGAGAACGGAAGAUAUGGUCACGCUCUCCUGCACAGCAACGGGAGAACGUGUCUGUUUGGCCGCUGAGGGUUUUGGUAAUCGGCAUUGUUUUCUCGAAAACAUAGCCGAUAAGAAUGUGCCACCCGAUCUGUCGCAAUGCGUUUUCGUCAUUGAACAGGCGCUGUCGGUGCGUGCUCUGCAGGAGCUGGUCACAGCAGCUGGAUCCGAAACGGAUAGUCGACUUGGUAAAGGCACCGGAUCUGGCCAUAGAACACUACUCUAUGGCAACGCGAUACUCCUGAGGCAUCACAACAGCGAUAUGUACCUCGCUUGCCUGUCCACAUCGUCGUCGAAUGAUAAGCUUUCCUUUGAUGUGGGUCUGCAGGAGCAUAGCCAGGGCGAGGCCUGCUGGUGGACCGUCCAUCCGGCGAGUAAACAACGUUCAGAGGGUGAGAAGGUGCGUGUCGGCGAUGAUUUGAUUCUGGUAUCGGUUGCCACCGAGCGAUAUCUGCACACGACCAAGGAGAACGAGCAAUCGAUUGUGAAUGCCAGCUUCCAUGUGACCCACUGGUCCGUCCAGCCCUACGGCACGGGCAUUUCACGCAUGAAAUAUGUCGGCUAUGUCUUUGGCGGUGAUGUCCUUCGCUUCUUUCACGGCGGCGACGAGUGCCUGACCAUACCCAGCACCUGGGGCCGUGAGGCAGGUCAAAACAUUGUCAUAUACGAGGGGGGCGUGGUCAUGGCACAGGCGCGUUCUCUGUGGCGGCUGGAGUUGGCGCGCACAAAGUGGACGGGUGGCUUUAUAAACUGGUAUCAUCCGAUGCGUAUACGUCAUAUAACGACGGGACGCUAUUUGGGCGUCAACGAUAGCAACGAGCUGAUCCUGGUGAAAAAGGAGGAAGCCUCGAUUGCAACGACGACUUUCUGCCUGAGGCAAGAAAAAGACGACGAAAAGAAAGUGCUCGAGGACAAAGACUUGGAGGUAAUCGGUUCGCCGAUCAUCAAAUACGGUGACACCACCGUCAUCGUUCAACAUUGCGAGUCCAGCCUGUGGCUCAGCUACAAGAGCUACGAAACGAAAAAGAAAGGCGUCGGCAAAGUGGAAGAGAAACAGGCCAUCCUCCAUGAGGAGGGCAAAAUGGAUGAUUGCCUCGACUUCUCCCGCUCCCAGGAGGAGGAAUCGAAGACGGCACGCGUCAUCCGAAAGUGCAGCAGUCUCUUCACCCAGUUUAUAACCGCCUUGGAAACCUUGCAGUCCAACCGCCGCCAUUCGAUAUUUUUCCAAAAAGUCAACCUCAAUGAGAUGGUCAUGUGUCUGGAGGAUUUAAUCAAUUACUUCUCGCAGCCAGAAGAUGAUAUGGAGCAUGAGGAGAAACAAAAUCGAUUCCGUGCGUUGCGCAAUCGUCAGGAUCUGUUUCAGGAGGAGGGUGUGCUCAAUCUAAUACUGGAGGCCAUUGACAAGAUCAACAUAAUCACCUCGCAGGGUUUUCUGGCCAGUUUUCUGGCCGGCGACGAGACCGGCCAGAGUUGGGAUCUGAUCUCGACGUAUUUGUAUCAACUGCUCGCCGCCAUCAUCAAAGGCAAUCACACCAAUUGUGCACAGUUCGCCAACAGCAAUCGGCUCAACUGGCUCUUCUCGCGACUCGGAUCGCAGGCAUCCAGCGAGGGAUCCGGCAUGUUGGAUGUACUCCACUGUGUGCUCAUCGAUUCCCCGGAGGCGUUGAACAUGAUGCGGGAUGAGCACAUCAAGGUGAUUAUAUCGUUGCUAGAGAAGCACGGACGAGAUCCCAAGGUGCUCGACGUCCUCUGCUCGCUAUGUGUGGGCAAUGGAGUCGCUGUGCGCUCCUCGCAGAACAACAUCUGUGAUUUUCUGCUGCCCGGCAAGAAUCUGCUGUUGCAGACCCUGCUCGUGGACCAUGUGGCCAGCAUUCGUCCGAAUAUCUUUGUGGGACGCGUCGACGGCUCGUCCAUGUAUCAGAAAUGGUACUUUGAGGUGACCAUGGAUCACAUUGAGCAGACAACACACAUAAUGCCGCAUCUGCGCAUUGGUUGGGCCAACACAUCUGGCUAUGUGCCUUAUCCGGGCGGUGGCAAGAAAUGGGGAGGCAACGGAGUCGGCGAUGAUCUUUACUCCUUUGGCUUCGAUGGCGCCUUCCUGUGGACAGGUGGACGUAAGUCCUUGGUCGUCGAUGCAUUGCCCGAGGAGCCAUACAUAAGGAAAGGCGAUGUGAUUGGCGUGGCCAUCGAUCUGUCCGUGCCCGUGAUUACGUUCACCUUUAAUGGCGCCAAGGUGCGCGGCUGUUUCAGGGACUUCAAUUUGGAUGGCAUGUUCUUUCCAGUGAUGAGCUGCUCAUCGAAGCUCAGUUGUCGCUUUUUAUUUGGCGGCGAUCAUGGUCGCCUGAAGUUUGCACCACCCGUUGGUUUCUCAGCGCUCGUCCAAUGCCUGAUGCCGCAUCAGAUCUUGAGCUUGGAUCCCUGCUUCUAUUUUGGUAAUUUGAGCAAAAAUGUGCUCGCUGGUCCCUGGCUCAUCGAGGACGAUACACCGUUUGUGCCCAUGCCAGUGGAUACCAGCGGCGUCUCCCUGCCCAGUUCGGUGGAUCAGAUUAAGGAGAAGUUGGCGGAGAAUAUACAUGAGAUGUGGGCACUGAACAAGAUCGAUGCCGGUUGGUCGUGGGGCGAGCAUCGGGAUGACUAUCAACGUAUCCAUCCCUGCCUCACUCAGUUCGAGAAGCUGCCAGCGGCCGAAAAGCGUUACGACAAUCAACUGGCUGUUCAAACACUAAAGACAAUCAUUUCGUUGGGUUAUUAUAUAACGAUGGAUAAGCCACCGGCACGUAUACGCCCCGUGCGGCUGCCCAACGAGAUAUUCAUGCAGGCCAAUGGCUACAAGCCGGCUCCGCUCGAUCUGAGCGCCGUGACACUGACACCCAAGCUGGAGGAACUCGUCGAUCAGCUGGCCGAGAAUACGCACAACUUGUGGGCCCGCGAGCGAAUACAGCAAGGAUGGACCUACGGCCUCAACGAGGACUCCGACAAUCAUCGCAGCCCGCAUUUGGUGCCCUAUGCCAAGGUCGAUGAGGCGAUCAAGAAAGCGAACCGUGACACGGCCUCGGAAACGGUUCGAACUCUCCUCGUCUACGGUUAUGUGUUGGAUCCACCGACGGGCGAGGGCACCGAAGCCUUGCUGGCGGAGGCACAACGUUUAAAAUUCGCCGCUUUCCGGACGUAUCGCGUGGAACGCAAUUAUGCCGUCACCUCCGGCAAAUGGUAUUUCGAGUUUGAGGUGCUCACAGCAGGUCCUAUGAGAGUGGGUUGGGCCCGAGCCGAUUGCUAUCCGGGUGCGAUGUUGGGCAGCGAGGACACCAGCUGGGCAUUUGAUGGGCACAAUGUGACUAAAAUGCACGCCGGAACAAUUGAGCACUUCGGGGUGCGCUAUGAGGCUGGUGACGUCAUUGGUUGUUUCAUCGAUGUUAAGGAGCAAACGAUCAGUUUCUCACUGAAUGGCGAACUGCUGAUGGAUGCGCUGGGCGGAGAGACAACCUUUGCGGAUGUUACGGCCGAGGGAAUGGGUUUUGUGCCAGCCUGCACCUUGGGUGUGGGCCAGAAGGCACGUCUCAUCUAUGGCCAGGAUGUGGACUCGCUCAAGUUCUUUACGACGUGUGGCCUACAAGAGGGCUACGAACCCUUCUGCGUCAAUAUGCGUCGACCCGUUACGCAUUGGUAUACCAAGGAUCAGCCGAUCUUUGAGAAUACCGAAGAGAUGCCUGAUUGCCGGAUCGAUGUCACCCGUAUUCCAGGUGGUGCUGAUACCCCACCACAUUUGAAGAUCUCGCACAACACAUUUGAGACGAUGGAGAAAGCGAACUGGGAGUUCUUGCGUCUCUCCCUGCCCGUCACCUGCAUGAGCGACUUCAUCAGUGAGCAGGAGAAGGCGCGACGCUGGGAGGAGAUUAAGAUACGCCAGUAUCGUCUGAUGCGUGAGGCACAGGAGGCAGCCGUGCAGCUGCAACAGACACAAAAUGCCGCCCACAUGGAUCACAUGCUGAAGGGUGGCUUUAACAUGAACGACAUUAAGGGUUUGACUCGUAAUUUCGAAGAUCACACCGAGCCCGAGGCGGAGCACAUGAUGCGUGGUCCGAAUCGACCGCCACGCAAGGGUUCGCUCACCCGGAACAUCACCUUCGAGUCGGAUAUGACUGCCGCCUUGGAUGAGAUGCAACGCUCCUCAUCGGUGCUGGACAUGAAUGGCCUCGGUGAGGACCUCGAUGAGAAAAAGAAACGCGGCCGCAGCCCCUUCAAGUUCUUCUCGAAGAAAUCACGCGAUCAGAGUCGGGAUAAGAAUGGCUCGCGGACGGCAGACACCUCGCUGGAGCGCCGGAAUACUGUUGCCCACGGCAGGAAUGUGGUCACCCAGCAGAUGACAACCAGGACACCAACUCUGCGACUGAACAAUGCGGACAUGCCGCCGAGUCCCGUGGCACAGGGUCCCAAGCAGCUGAGCGCCUCGACCUUAGGUCAACCGAAUGUGGAAUCAUCCGGCAACGAGAUAUUCGAUGCCGAGUGUCUGAAGCUGAUCAACGAAUACUUCUAUGGCGUACGCAUCUUUCCCGGCCAGGAUCCCACACAUGUCUAUGUGGGCUGGGUGACAACCCAAUAUCAUUUGCAUAGUCGCGAAUUCAACAAGAGCAAAGUACGUCGCGGUUCCGUCUUUAUUGAGGAUUACUAUGAGGUGCCCAUCGAGCGAAUCGAUCGUCAGAGCUGCUACGUUGUCCGAGCGGACGAACUGUUCAACGAGGUGACGCAGGAUGCGUCGGGCAAGGGUGCAUCGCAGGGCAUGUUUGUGGGCUGUUUUGUGGAUACGGCAACAGGCAUAAUACGCUUCACGUGCGAGGGCAAGGAUACCUCACAUCGCUGGAUGAUGGAACCGGAUACCAAAUUGUUUCCGGCCAUAUUCGUUGAGGCCACCAGCAAGGAGAUCCUACAAAUCGAGCUAGGACGCACCGAGACAACGUUGCCGCUGUCUGCGGCCGUGUUGCCCACAAGUGACAAGCACAUUAAUCCCCAAUCGCCACCCCGUCUGAAGGUGCAGUGCCUGCGUCCACAUCAAUGGGCCCGGGUGCCCAACACCUCGUUGCAGGUGCACGCACUUAAGUUGUCCGAUAUCCGGGGCUGGUCGAUGCUCUGCGAGGAUCCAGUCUCAAUGCUGGCGCUGCACAUACCCGAGGAGGAUCGUUGCAUCGACAUACUCGAACUGAUCGAAAUGGACAAGUUGCUCUCGUUCCAUGCCCACACGCUAACCCUCUAUGCGGCACUCUGCUAUCAGUCAAAUUAUCGUGCGGCUCAUGCUCUCUGUCAGCACGUGGAUCAGAAGCAGUUGCUCUACGCAAUACGAUCGGAGUACAUGAGUGGUCCGUUGCGUCAGGGCUUCUAUGAUUUACUGAUUGCCCUGCACUUGGAAUCCCAUGCGACUACAAUGGAGGUGUGCAAGAAUGAGUAUAUCACCCCGCUGGGUAUCGAACUCAAGGAACUCUAUGCGGAAGAUGAGAUGCGUCACUCGCUGCGCUCUCUGGUCACGGAGUCGGUGCGGCCCCAGCUACGCAUGACGGAAAUCACCCCCCCUGUGAUUGCAACAUCUAGUAUGCCAAGUGUUUCCAGUGAACCGAUACCCAACAUCGAUCAGUUAUACUCCCCGAAGUUUCCCCUAGAAGUAGUCCGUGAAUUCGUGAUGGAAGCCCUCAAAGACGCUGUAGAAAUAAAUCAAGUGCAUAAUCGUGAUCCCAUCGGUUGGACAAACGAGAAUCUAUUUUUACCACUUAUCAAGUUGACGGAUCGGUUGCUCUUGGUGGGCGUGCUCACGGACGAGGAUGUGCAAAAGCUAUUGGUAAUGGUGGAUCCAGAGACCUGGGAUGCCACUUUCACGAAAGAGGGUAAAGACGAGCAUCGCAAGGGUCUGUUGACCAUGAAAAUGGCGGAGGGUGCCAAGCUGCAGAUGUGCUACUUGUUGCAUCAUCUGUACGAUACACAGUUGCGUCAUCGGGUGGAGAGCAUUAUAUCGUUUUCGCAUGAUUUUGUUGGUGAUCUGCAGACCGAUCAGUUGCGACGUUAUAUCGAGAUUAAACAAUCCGAUCUGCCAAGUGCUGUUGCGGCCAAAAAGACAAAGGAGUUCCGUUGUCCGCCGCGCGAGCAAAUGAAUCAGAUAUUGUGCUUUAAGAAUCUGGAGCCAGACGAUCAGGACAAUUGCACCUGUGGCCUUGAGUUGCGCAGUCGCUUAAGUGAAUUCCAUGAUCUGCUUAUGCAGAAGGUAUCGCUGAACGCGCUGCAAGAGCCGGAUGGUACCGAGAGUACAGCCAUCGAAGAGAUUAAAACGGGUCCCAUAACCAAAAUCUAUAAUUUCAUCAAUACCGUUAAGGAGCUAGAGGAGGGACCCAAAGAGGUGGAGGAGCCUGAGAAGAAGACACCCGAAGAGGUAUUCCGCAAGGUCCUAAUCAAAACCAUUGUCAGCUGGGCUGAAGAAUCACAAAUUGAAAAUCCCAAACUGGUUCGUGAAAUGUUCAGUUUGCUGGUCCGACAAUACGAUACGGUCGGAGAGCUUGUCCGUGCGCUCGAGAAGACGUAUGUUAUUAAUCAUCGGGCACGAAACGAUGUCGCUGAGAUGUGGGUUGGCCUCAGCCAGAUACGCGCCCUACUCCCCGUCCAAAUGAGCCAGGAGGAAGAGGAACUGAUGCGCAAGCGUCUCUGGAAAUUGGUCAAUAACGCCACAUUCUUCCAGCAUCCCGAUUUGAUACGCAUUCUACGUGUCCACGAGAACGUGAUGGCCGUCAUGAUGAAUACGCUGGGGCGUCGUGCCCAGGCACAGAGCGAUGCACCCGCCCAGACAGAGGGUGCCGAAGGUGUGCCCUCGAAGGAGAAAGACACAUCGCAUGAGAUGGUCGUGGCCUGUUGCCGAUUCUUGUGCUAUUUUUGCCGUACUGGAAGGCAAAAUCAGAAGGCCAUGUUCGAUCAUUUUGAUUUUCUGUUGGACAAUGCGAAUAUAUUGUUAGCCCGGCCCAGUUUGCGUGGUUCGACCCCAUUGGAUGUGGCAUACUCGAGUUUGAUGGAGAACACAGAAUUAGCUCUGGCACUUAGGGAACACUAUUUGGAGAAAAUUGCCGUUUAUUUGUCGCGUUGUGGCUUGCAAAGCAAUUCGGAACUUGUGGAGAAGGGUUAUCCGGAUCUGGGUUGGGAUCCCACCGAGGGUGAACGUUAUUUGGACUUUUUACGCUAUUGCGUUUGGGUGAAUGGCGAGAGUGUCGAGGAGAAUGCCAACCUUGUCAUUCGUCUUCUUAUCCGUCGUCCAGAAUGCUUGGGACCGGCCCUAAGAGGAGAAGGAGAAGGUCUCUUCCGUGCCAUUGUCGAAGCGAAUCGUAUGUCCGAACGCAUUUCGGAUCGCUGCAAGAUGCAGGACGAAGCCGAAGGCACCAUCGUCGGCCUAAAUUUCACCCAUCCCUUGCCCGAAGGUGAGGAGGAUGAGGAUUAUAUUGAUACUGGCGCUGCCAUUUUGAAUUUCUAUUGUACACUCGUCGAUCUGUUGGGCCGUUGCGCCCCCGAUGUCUCGGUCAUUGAGCAGGGCAAGAAUGAAUCACUGAGAGCUAGAGCUAUUUUGAGAUCUCUGGUGCCACUGGAAGACCUUCAGGGUGUGCUAAGCUUAAAGUUUACGUUGACACAAACCGCUCCCGGCGAGGAGAAACCGAAAUCGGAUAUGCCCUCCGGUCUAUUACCCAAUAACAAGCAGAGCAUAGUAUUAUUCCUGGAACGUGUCUAUGGCAUUGAGACACAGGAUCUAUUCUAUCGUUUGCUUGAGGAUGCAUUUCUACCCGAUUUGCGUACCGCGACCAUUCUGGAUAAGAGUGAUGGGUCGGAGAGUGACAUGGCCUUGGCCAUGAAUCGUUAUAUUGGCAACUCGAUUCUGCCUUUGUUGAUCAAGCACUCCAAGUUCUACAACGAGGCCGAGAACUAUGCCAGUCUGCUGGAUGCCACACUGCACACGGUCUAUCGGCUGUCCAAGAACCGUAUGCUAACCAAGGGUCAACGUGAGGCCGUAUCCGAUUUCCUCGUAGCGUUAACAUCACAAAUGCAACCUGCGAUGCUACUGAAGCUAUUGCGCAAGUUGACUGUUGAUGUGUCAAAGCUAUCCGAAUACACAACGGUCGCGCUCAGGCUGCUCACACUGCACUUCGAUCGGUGCGCCAAGUACUAUGGCUCGACUCAAGGUCAGGGCUCGUAUGGAGCGUCGUCAGAUGAGGAGAAGCGUUUAACAAUGCUUCUGUUCUCGAACAUUUUUGACUCGCUGAGCAACAUGGACUAUGACCCGGAACUGUUCGGUAAAGCGUUGCCCUGUCUAACAGCCAUCGGCUGUGCCUUGCCACCCGAUUAUAGCUUAUCGAAGAACACCGACGAGGAUUACUAUGGCAGACAGAUGGGUGCACCAGAUCAGCCCCAAUAUGUACCCAAUCCCAUCGAUACGAACAAUGUGCACUUGGAUAAUGAUCUAAAUUCAUUGGUGCAAAAGUUCAGUGAACAUUAUCACGAUGCUUGGGCCAGUCGCCGUUUGGAAGGUAGCUGGACCUAUGGCGAAAUUCGUUCCGAUAACGAUCGCAAGCAUCCGCGUCUAAAGCCCUACAAUAUGCUCACCGAAUAUGAACGUGAGCGUUAUCGUGAUCCGGUACGUGAAUGUCUAAAGGGUCUCCUGGCCAUCGGUUGGACCGUGGAACACUCCGAAAUGGAUUUGCCGCUUAAUCAUCGCGGCUCGACGCGUCGCCAAUCGAAACCACAAAUUCAUGAAUUUCAGAAUGAGGGUAGUCCCUUCAACUACAAUCCACAUCCGGUGGACAUGAGCAAUCUGACGCUGAGCAGAGAGAUGCAGAAUAUGGCCGAGCGUUUGGCCGAAAACUCCCACGACAUAUGGGCAAAGAAGAAGAACGAAGAGCUGAACGGCUGUGGUGGAGUAAUCCAUCCCCAGUUGGUGCCCUAUGAUCUGCUAACGGACAAGGAGAAGAAGAAGGAUCGCGAGCGUUCGCAGGAGUUCCUCAAAUACAUGCAAUAUCAGGGUUACAAAUUGCACAAGCCCUCCAAGGGUGGUGCCGUUGAGGAAGGUGGUGCUACACAGGCAGCGGUUGAGCUGCGCUUCUCCUACUCGCUGCUGGAGAAGCUCAUACAGUAUCUGGAUCGGGCGACAAUCAACAUGAAACUGCUGAAGCCAUCGACAACGUUCAGUCGUCGCACCUCGUUCAAGACCGCAUCGCGUGACAUUAAGUUCUUCUCAAAAGUGGUGCUGCCACUGAUGGAGAAAUACUUCUCGACGCAUCGCAAUUAUUUUAUUGCCAUUGCAACGGCCACAAAUAAUGUGGGUGCUGCCUCCUUGAAGGAGAAGGAAAUGGUUGCCUCUAUAUUCUGUAAACUAGCUGCGUUGUUGCGCAAUCGCUUGAGUGCCUUUGGGCCGGAUGUGCGCAUCACUGUGCGCUGCUUGCAGGUGCUCGUCAAGGGCAUCGAUGCCAAGACCUUGACCAAGAAUUGUCCCGAAUUCAUACGUACCUCCAUGCUGACGUUCUUUAAUCAGACAUCGGAUGAUCUGGGCAACACCAUCCUCAAUCUGCAGGAUGGCAAAUACAGUCAUCUCCGUGGCACACAUCUGAAGACCUCCACAUCGCUGGGCUAUGUUAAUCAGGUGGUGUUGCCAGUGUUGACAGCGAUGUUUGAUCAUCUCGCUGCCUGUGAUUAUGGCAGUGAUCUCCUGCUCGAUGAGAUUCAGGUGGCGUCCUAUAAAAUUCUAGCUGCUCUCUAUCAUUUGGGUACGGAUGGAACUCUGACACAUGAUCGUAAAUAUUUGAAGACGGAAAUCGAGCGACAUCGGCCGGCGUUGGGCUCGUGUUUGGGUGCGUAUAGCUCCUGCUUUCCGGUUGCCUAUCUAGAACCGCAUCUGAACAAGCAUAAUCAGUACUCCCUGCUGAAUCGUAUUGCGGAUCAUUCUCUGGAGGCGCAGGAUAUCAUGGUCAAAAUGGAGAGUUGUAUGCCCAAUUUGGAGGCAAUACUUAGCGAAGUCGAUCAAUUUGUGGAGUCCGAUAAGACGUACAAUGAUGCACCGCAUAUCAUUGAUGUCAUCCUGCCGCUACUCUGCGCCUAUCUGCCCUUCUGGUGGUCCCAGGGACCCGAUAACGUCAGUCCGACGAGUGGCAAUCAUGUCACCAUGGUCACUGCAGAUCAUAUGAAUUCUUUGUUGCGUAACGUUCUCAAAAUGAUCAAGAAGAAUAUUGGCAACGAUAAUGCCCCAUGGAUGACUAGAAUUGCGGCGUACACGCAGCAGAUUAUCAUAAAUACAUCGGAGGAGCUGUUGAAGGAUCCAUUCCUACCGUUGGCGGAACGCGUGAAGAAACGCACCGAAAAUAUGCUGCACAAGGAGGAGAGUAUGCGAGGCUUCAUCAAGUCCGCCACCGACGAUACAUCCCAGGUGGAGACUCAGCUUCAGGAGGAUUGGAAUUUGCUCGUGCGCGAUAUUUACUCGUUUUAUCCGCUGCUCAUCAAGUAUGUGGAUUUGCAGCGUAAUCAUUGGCUCAAGGAUAACAUUCCGGAGGCCGAGGAGCUGUACAAUCAUGUCGCAGAGAUCUUUAACAUCUGGUCGAAGAGUCAAUACUUCCUAAAGGAGGAACAGAAUUUCAUAUCGGCAAAUGAAAUCGAUAAUAUGGCGCUGAUUAUGCCGACAGCAACGAGACGAUCAGCCAUUUCGGAAGGUGCUCCAGCCGUGGGAGGUAAAGUGAAGAAGAAGAAGAAGAACCGGGAUAAGAAACGUGAUAAGGACAAGGAGGUGCAGGCAAGUCUAAUGGUCGCCUGCCUGAAGCGUCUGCUGCCCGUCGGAUUAAAUCUGUUUGCUGGCAGGGAGCAAGAGCUGGUGCAACACUGCAAGGAUAGAUACCUGAAGAAAAUGAACGAAUAUGAUGUCAUCGAAUUUGCACGCAAUCAACUCACAUUGCCCGACAAACUGGAUCCCUCGGAUGAGAUGUCCUGGCAGCACUACCUGUACUCUAAGCUGGGCAAAACGGAGGAGUCCGUCGAUGAGCAGGCCCUGGAGAAGAUCAACUCCAACUCCAAUGAGAAGGGUAAAGACAAGACGCAGGAAACUGUGGAUCGGAUUGUGGCCAUGGCAAAGGUUCUGUUUGGCCUGCAUAUGAUCGACCAUCCACAACAGCAGAGCAAAAAUGUCUACAGGAGUGUUGUGUCGAUCCAAAGGAAGCGUGCCGUAAUCGCAUGCUUCCGUCAGACAUCGUUACAUUCUCUGCCCAGACAUCGUGCCUGUAAUAUCUUUGCACGCACCUACUACGAGCAAUGGCUGCAGGAAGAGAACGUCGGUCAGGAGGUAAUGAUCGAGGAUCUGACGCAGACAUUCGAGGAAUCGGAGAAGUCCAAGAAGGACGAAGAGGAAGCGGAGGGUAAGCCAGAUCCAUUGACUCAGUUGGUGACGACAUUCUGUCGUGGAGCGAUGACGGAGCGCAGUGGAGCACUCCAAGAGGAUCUGUUGUAUAUGUCGUAUGCCCAAAUUGCUGCAAAAUCCUGUGGCGAAGAGGAGGAGGAGGGCGGCGAGGAGGGCGAAGGCGGCGAGGGCGGAGAAGAGGGCGAAGGCACUAGUAUCCAUUGCCGCAUGUCCCAACUAAUGGAACAAGAAAUGGAGAAACAGAAGCUGCUGUUCCAUCAGGCUCGACUCUCGAAUCGUGGCGUUGCCGAAAUGGUGCUGUUGCACAUUUCCGCCUCCAAAGGUAUACCUUCGGAGAUGGUCAUGACGACACUCAAUUUGGGCAUCGCCAUAUUGCGGGGUGGCAACAUCGACAUCCAAAUGGGCAUGCUCAAUCAUCUCAAGGAGAAAAAGGAUGUCGGCUUCUUCACAUCCAUCGCUGGGUUGAUGAACUCGUGCAGUGUCCUCGACUUGGAUGCCUUCGAGCGUAACACAAAAGCCGAGGAGUAUAUUCCAAGUGCGGGUGCAGGUCUUGGUGUCGGCUCCGAGGGUGCGGCGGGUGAGAAAAAUAUGCACGAUGCCGAAUUCACGUGUGCUCUCUUCCGGUUCAUCCAACUCACCUGUGAAGGGCAUAAUCUGGAAUGGCAAAACUAUUUGCGUACCCAGGCGGGAAAUACGACUACUGUUAACGUGGUCAUUUGUACAGUGGAUUAUCUGUUGCGUCUGCAGGAAUCGAUUAUGGACUUUUAUUGGCACUAUUCCAGCAAGGAGAUCAUUGAUCCGGCUGGCAAAGCCAACUUUUUCAAGGCCAUUGGGGUGGCCAGUCAGGUGUUCAACACCCUCACCGAGGUUAUUCAAGGUCCAUGUACACUCAAUCAACAGGCCUUGGCCCAUUCCAGAUUGUGGGAUGCGGUUGGUGGUUUCCUAUUUCUGUUCUCGCACAUGCAGGACAAGCUCUCGAAGCACUCCAGUCAGGUGGAUUUGCUCAAGGAGCUGCUCAAUCUACAAAAGGAUAUGAUCACCAUGAUGUUAUCCAUGCUGGAAGGCAAUGUUGUCAAUGGCACUAUUGGCAAGCAAAUGGUGGACACUCUUGUUGAAUCGGCUGGCAAUGUUGAACUGAUUCUCAAGUAUUUCGAUAUGUUCCUUAAAUUGGCCGACUUGAUCGAGUCGCCCAGCUUCCAUGAGAUCGACAUGAAGAACGAGGGAUGGGUAAUACCCAAGGAUUUCCGAGACAAAAUGGAGCAGUCCAAGAACUACACACCGGAAGAGAUGGAUUUCCUUUUGGCCUGCUGUGAACGGAAUCAUGAAGGUAAAAUCGAUUACAGAGCCUUCGUCGAACGUUUCCACGAGCCAUCAAAGGAGAUCGGUUUCAACCUGGCUGUGCUGCUGACCAACCUCAGUGAACAUAUGCCAAAUGAGCCACGCUUGGCCCGCUUCCUCGAGACAGCCGGAUCCGUAUUGAAUUAUUUCGAACCGUUCCUGGGUCGCAUCGAAAUCUUGGGCAGUUCGAAGCGUAUUGAACGCGUCUACUUUGAGAUCAAGGAUUCGAAUAUUGAGCAAUGGGAGAAGCCGCAGAUUCGUGAAUCAAAACGUGCCUUCUUCUAUUCGAUUGUCACCGAGGGCGGUGAUAAAGAGAAACUGGAAGCCUUCGUCAAUUUCUGUGAGGAUGCCAUCUUUGAGAUGACUCACGCCUCCGGCCUGAUGGCCACCGAUGACGGCGGCAGUAAUGUGAAACGCGAUACUGCCUACACUUCGUAUAUGAGCGAGGAGGAGGAGGAACGUGCCGCUCGUGAUCCCAUCCGGCGAACCAUCACUGCUGUCAAGGAGGGCCUCAAAUUCGGUGUCCACAUGCUGAGUCCAUCAAAUAUCAAACAUCAAAUCGGUGUGAUGCAAACGAAAUCGAUACCCGAAUUAAUUAUUGGCUUCUUCCGGAUCAUCUUCUAUAUGUUCUACUAUACGGGCUAUGCGCAUUACUGUGUUGUACGUUAUAUAUUUGGUAUCCUAUUGAAUCUGAUGCGUGGCCCGGCGCCGGAACAGGAGGAUGAAAUGGCCGUUGUGGAGGAGGAAACAUUUGGCAGAGCGCUGCCACCGUUGCCAUUGGAAGAGCCACCGGGACCGGUUCAAGCCUUCGGCUUGGAUAUCAACAAGGAGGACAAUGGCAUGUAUAAGGUGGUCGUCCACGAAUCGCCGGCGAACUCAUCCGUCGAUGAGGGUGGUGAAUCUAGUCCAGAGGAUGGUGUAGCAGCUUUGGCCACAGGUGAACUCAUCGAAGGUGAACCACAUCCGGAGCCCAUUUCGAUAGUGGAUCUACUUGGUGGCGAGGCCGCGAAGAAGGCGGCCCAAGAGCGUCAGGAGGCGCAGAAAGCGCAGGAAGCGGCAAUGGCCUCCAUCGAGGCAGAGGCCAAGAAGUCAUCCGCAGCUCCCCAAGAAACCCCAGCCGUCAAUCAAAUCGAUUUCUCGCAAUAUACUCACCGGGCCGUCAGCUUUUUGGCCCGCAACUUUUACAAUCUGAAAUAUGUUGCCCUGGUUUUGGCCUUUAGCAUUAAUUUCAUGCUGCUCUUCUAUAAGGUGACCUCGUUAGCCGAGGAAUCCGAUGGCUCUGGCGAGGAGGAAUUGAUUUUGGGGUCUGGUUCGGGUGCUGGCGCCGAUUUGGGUGGCUCUGGCCUAGGUGGUUCUGGCGAUGGCGGCUCUGGCGAUGGUGAUUUCGAGGAUGAUGAUAUACCGGAACUGGUCCAUGUCGAUGAGGAUUUCUUCUAUAUGGAGCAUGUGCUACGCAUCGCUGCCUGUCUCCAUUCCCUCGUAUCGCUUGCCAUGUUGAUUGCCUACUAUCAUCUGAAGGUGCCACUGGCCAUCUUUAAGCGGGAAAAGGAGAUCGCUCGUCGUUUGGAAUUCGAUGGUCUUUUCAUUGCUGAACAGCCGGAGGAUGAUGAUUUCAAAUCCCAUUGGGACAAGUUGGUCAUCUCUGCGAAAAGUUUUCCGGUCAACUAUUGGGAUAAGUUCGUCAAGAAGAAGGUGCGACAGAAGUACAGUGAAACUUAUGAUUUUGAUUCGAUCUCGAAUUUGCUGGGCAUGGAGAAGAGCGCGUUUGCUGCACAGGAGAGCGAGGAGACGGGCAUCUUUAAGUACAUCAUGAACAUCGAUUGGCGCUAUCAGGUGUGGAAGGCGGGCGUCACCUUCACGGACAAUGCCUUCCUGUAUUCGCUGUGGUAUUUCAGCUUCUCCGUCAUGGGCAAUUUUAAUAAUUUCUUCUUUGCCGCCCAUUUAUUGGAUGUGGCCGUUGGAUUUAAGACGCUGCGCACCAUUCUGCAAUCCGUAACCCACAAUGGUAAACAGCUGGUGCUGACUGUGAUGUUGCUCACGAUUAUCGUGUAUAUCUAUACGGUGAUUGCGUUCAAUUUCUUCCGCAAAUUCUACAUCCAGGAGGAAGACGAAGAGGUGGACAAGAAGUGUCACGAUAUGUUGACCUGUUUCGUCUUCCAUUUGUAUAAGGGUGUGAGAGCUGGUGGUGGCAUUGGUGAUGAGAUCGGUGAUCCGGAUGGUGAUGACUACGAGGUAUAUCGCAUCAUCUUUGAUAUUACGUUCUUCUUCUUCGUCAUCGUUAUCCUGCUGGCCAUCAUUCAGGGUCUGAUUAUUGACGCAUUUGGCGAGCUGCGUGAUCAGUUGGAAUCCGUCAAGGAUAAUAUGGAAUCGAAUUGCUUUAUUUGUGGCAUGGGCAAGGAUUUCUUUGAUAUAGUGCCGCACGGCUUCGAUACGCAUGUGCAGAAGGAGCACAAUCUGGCCAAUUAUAUGUUCUUCCUGAUGCAUUUGAUUAACAAACCGGAUACGGAAUACACUGGCCAGGAGACGUACGUGUGGAAUAUGUAUCAACAGCGCAGCUGGGAUUUCUUCCCAGUCGGUGACUGUUUCCGCAAGCAAUACGAGGAUGAACUCUCUGGCGGCGGCGGCGGUGGCGGCGGUGGCUAACAGCUCCAUGUCCGUCUCCUCCUCUGCGUCUCUCUCAUUUUUUGUUUCUCUAAAUAUUAAUCAUCAAUUUAUUUGGUUUUGAACAUGUGUUUUUUUUUGGAAUUCUUUUCCUAGUCAAUAAAUUAAAUUUAAUGUAAGUGCUUAUGUAUAUUUUACAUACAUACAUACAUGUGUAUGCAUAUAUGAUGUUGAUGAUGAUGACGACAAUGACGAUUCUAUAGAAUGUUUUUAACUUCAAAAAUAAAUAAAAAUAAACAUCGAUUCAUUUUUACCGAAGGCAAUUACAACA